AGCUCCAGCCUCAUUCACUCCACUCUCUUCAUCUUCUUCUUCUCACCACACAAUAACAAUCUGCAGACUAUUAAUAAUUUCUUUCUAUUUUUCUAUUACAAAGAAAUAUUCAUCAAAAACUGAUUCCAGCCAUUUGGAACAAGUUAGUAUUAAAGCUGAAGUAACGAGUGUCCACUGGUACACCUUGGAUGGAGAGCGGCGUGGUCCACAUCCACAGGGGGCGGGACAGGUGUCCAUGGGGGGUCCAGGCCGAGGAAGACUGCACCUCCUAUUCGUCCCCGGGGGUGUUGAACGGGACGUGGGAGGAUGUGGACGCCGAGCCCAUGUCUCCCAUCAUCCCCAUCAUAGUGGUGGUGUACUCGGUGGUGUUUGUGGUGGGCUUGGUGGGAAACUGCCUCGUCAUGUACGUCAUUAUCAGGUACACCAAGAUGAAGACGGCCACCAACAUCUACAUCCUGAACCUGGCGGUGGCCGACGCCCUGGUGACCACCACCAUGCCCUUCCAGAGCGCGGACUACCUACUGAGCUCCUGGCCGUUUGGCGAGGUGGCGUGCAAGGUGUUCAUCUCCAUCGACUACUACAACAUGUUCACCAGCAUCUUCACGCUCACCAUGAUGAGCGUGGACCGCUACGUGGCCGUCUGCCACCCCAUCAAGGCACUCGACUUCCGCACGCCUGUCAAGGCCAAGGUCAUCAACGUGUUUAUCUGGGCUCUGUCCUCGGCCGCCGGCGUGCCCGCCAUGAUCCUGGGAAGCACCAAGACCAACAAUGGGACGACAGAGUGCGCCCUCCAGUUCCCCGAGCCUUACAUCUACUGGGACACGCUGAUGAAGAUCUGCGUCUUCAUUUUUGCCUUUGUGGUGCCCGUCAUCAUCAUCAGCGUUUGCUACACGCUGAUGGUCCUACGCCUCAAGAGUGUCCGCUUGCUGUCAGGCUCUCGCGAGAAGGACCGCAACCUGCGGCGCAUCGCACGCCUGGUCCUAGUAGUGGUGGCCGCGUUCGUGGUGUGUUGGACGCCCAUCCACAUUUUCAUCCUGGUCAAGGCUUUGUCGGCCGACGUGCCCGAAACUACCCCGGUCAUAGCGGCUUACUUCUUCUGCGUGGCGCUUGGCUACACCAACAGCAGCCUCAACCCUAUCCUCUACGCCUUCCUGGACGAGAACUUCAAAAGGUGCUUCAGGGACUUCUGCUGCCCUGCCGCCCGAAAGGACUUCCAGGGUGUGAGUCGGGUAAGGAGCACCCUGAGGGAUCACUCGUGUCCCCCGGUGGCCCGCAGCGACCCCAAGAAGGCCAGGCCCGUAUGACUAGCGAUGGAUGCGUCCUCGCCUCACAGUCUCGGUUGGGAGGACUCCAACAACAUCUUGACCCAGAUCACCACAGCCGUCUGAGUUUCUCAACAAAACGCAUGAAAUUUAAUUAUUUGUCUGUAAACAUAAAUAACACACAUUAUGGUUUUCAUUUUCUCUACAUGAUAUAUGAACAGCCAAUCAGAACAAUGUUUAGUGGCUGGUAAACUAAAUGUUUCCUGUCAAUUAUGUUUAUGUUUGUGUAAAACCUGAAAAAAAUCUGUACACAAGAAUAAUGGUUUAUGCUGCCCCCUGUGGCCAAAAAGCGUAUUGCAGCUUUGACAAGUAGGCUUGUUUCCUAUUAACUUCUAUGGAUCAGCAUGCUUACAUAUACUGUAUUAUUGUAUUAUAUUGCAUUAUUAUAAUGUCCAUUGUUUCAAUUGCUGUGUAAAGGAAUUAAUUGUGCUCUCAUGUAAAGUCAGAGUGUGUGUUUUUGUGUAACAAUGGCCGUGAAAGUGCAUCCUACUUGGACUGUUCUUGUGUCUUACCUGUCGUGUUUGCGCUCAAAGUGCUGCUAAGACAGUGUUGCCAUGGUGAUUGUUUUUCUUUUCUUUCCUCCAUCAGUGGCCUUGAAUGGAGAGCUUCUUGAUGCGCUGCAGAUGAUCCUUGGGACAUGAGGACAUGCCAGCUGUGAACAUUCAUCCCAUCUCAGUUAUGUAAAAGGCCGGUGAAACAGAAAAGGAUCCAUUUAUUUACUAACUUCAACUGGAGUCAAAAUAGACGAUCUAGGAGUCGAACCAUCUUGAUUUCUAUAUAGGCUUGCAUAAUUCCAGGUAUUUUUUCAUAAGAAUAUCCUUGGGAACGAUUGUCAUAGUACAAGAAUCAACCAAAAAUGUGCUUUUGAGCGUCAAUGUUAGCAUAAGCUUGCCUACUAU